AAAAUAUUUUUUAAAAAUAAAAAAGGUUUUUCAAUUAAAUAACCACCAACAAACUACCUCUAAAAAACUACCUCAGUAAAUUACUUGGUGUGAUUAUUUUCGUAAAUUAUUUUCGAGUUUCACUAAAUACUCCUCGAUCUAACGCAAAGUACAAAAAAGAAAUAGUUUUGACAAUUUUGGGACAUCAAAUAAAAAUUAAGGAUAAUUUCAAAAAAUUAAAAGUUAAGCACCUGUGGCCUGUCGAGAAAGUGUAAAGUGUCGGGACGAAUUUUGGAGUACCCAAUAUUUGACAAUUUUAAGGAAGAUAUAAAAGAUUCAAGAUUGAAUGAAGGAGUUGUGCUAGAGUGAUCAAAGUAAUACUUGGUGUCAGUGUUUUUGACUUUUACCAACGGACAUUUCUGACUAAAUGCUGAACAACUUGUGAGACAUUGCGGCUAUGGCUUUAUCUUUACUACAGGACGCGCAAACAAGAGGACUCGCCGCCGCUCUAGCAGGAAUGAAACGUGACGAAGAACGCAGCCUAAGCAUGUCACCACCAAUGUCAACCAACCCGUCAUCAAUGUACAGUGGUCUGCAUCCAGUCGCAGCGGCUUCAGCGCUCGGAAUGCUCUCACCUCAACUACUAGCAGCCAAUCGAACGGCAGCGGCUCUAAUGGCUGCCCGUUUACCAAUGUCCACCCUUGCGACAAGUUUAUUCCCCCAUCAUCCUGCCCUCUUCGGUGCCUGGCCUCAACCAUCACCGGUUCCACCAAUGAAUGGACCACAUUCUCCACCAGCAUCACCACUCUCCCCAAUAAUGAGCUCGAAGAAACUUUCACAUCAUACAAACAACAAUACACAUAGUAAAAAUAACAACCUCCUGUCACCAACAACCGGAGAAGUACCGAAUAAGAAACCCAGAAAAAUCAAUGUGAAAAAGGAAUUCAUGUCGCCACAUACACAAUCUAUCGACAUCCCAGAUGUCUAUCCAACCGGACCAAUUUCACCCCCAUCAAGUGGAUCAUCACCGAAUUCAACGCACGAUGUACCUGUUGUUUCUCUCCCAAAGGAUCCUUCCCGCGAUAAGUGUUUCACAUGCAAGAUUUGCAACCGAUCCUUUGGAUACAAACACGUGCUUCAGAAUCACGAGCGAACACAUACCGGUGAGAAACCCUUCAAAUGUCCGGAAUGCCAGAAAAGGUUUACUCGGGAUCAUCACUUGAAAACCCACAUGAGGCUACAUACAGGAGAGAAGCCCUACGAAUGCAGUCACUGCGAUCGUAAAUUCGUCCAAGUAGCAAACCUGCGAAGGCAUUUGCGGGUCCAUACCGGAGAACGUCCCUAUUCAUGUAAUAUGUGCGAGGCACGAUUUAGCGAUUCAAAUCAACUCAAGUCUCAUAACAUGAUCCAUGACGGAGAGAAGCCAUUCGAAUGUGAUCGCUGUCACCUGAAGUUCCGACGGCGACAUCACCUCAUGCAUCACAAGUGUGGAAUUCAAAGUCCGCCCACGCCAGCUCUUAGUCCUGCGAUAUCUGAAAUGGGUAUGUCGGACCACAAAUCGGCAGCUAGUAGUUCUUUCGGGUCAGAGGAAUCAAACGAUCGGCUCAAGUCUGCAUUGUCAAUGAAGCACUUAGACGAUCUACCUCUUGACUUGUCUGAUGAUCGUGCCAGCCAUAACAUCAGCAGGUCAACUGUUGACAGUGAUAAGCAAGGAUCAAAGCUCGGACUGUUCCGCCAAAUCCCAGUCAUGGAGGAGCAGUUGCUUCAUUGUAAUCUUCCCGAACAAACAGAACCCGAAGAUUUGAGUAUUCGAUCACCGCGUUCAGGAGGAUCAGUGCAGUCUCCGCCCUCUUCACAUCAUGACGAUCCCGAUGACUUAGAAGAUCUAGAUGAUGCGGCCGCCCUGUACAUGGAAUUGCAGAAAAAAGAACGAGCUUCGCUACUAAAUCACAUACGAACCCCUUACUCUUGUUAGGGAUGGAGCGGAUGUAGUCAUGCCGUAUUUCAAUUGCCAAAAACACUUAGGUGGUAAGAUUCAAAGUGAAUACCCCUUCGAUGUCGACCUAUUCUAUUCAGAAGUUAGUCAAAGCGAAAACUUCUUCAAAUCUAGUUCAAAAGUACAAUUAUGAAACAAAACGAAUUCUAAUCCUCUACUAGGUAAACACAUACUCGUAGGUGUAACUAUUUAUUCUAGAUUGAUAAAAACACACAAACCCCUUGUGAAAAAGACCAAAAAGUCACUAAUUGCUUAUCAAAUACGGGUAUAUAGGUCUCACAAUGACAAGAAAGCUAGAAACCAAACAUACGAAGCAAGGAGAUGAAAAACAAACUAAAGAAAAUGUACCUAUCCUUCUUAGUUUGUAAGUUAAUGCUAAUUAUAAAACUAUAAAAUAAUUAACUUUCUGUAAAUAGGAGAACGAACGCUAGAACUGUAUAUUGAAUUUCUCUAUUUAUAUGUUAAAACUAAAUAAUAUCUAUAUAAUAUCAAUAUAAAUAACUUGUAAAUGUACUAUCGAUGUAAGUGUAUAGAAUUAAACAAAUAUUAAUCAAUGAAAAACCCUAAAAAGUCCCUAAAUCCCCUAUAAAAUUCUUAGUGCCAUUAAAUUAAUUUUUAAUAGAAAUACCAACCGCAAAUAAUGAACUGUAAAAUAAUAUUUAAAAAGAUCUAUAAAUCCGAAAAAAUAAUUGUUGAAUUUAUUAAAAUAUUAUUUCCUUUCUUUUUGCGUUUAAAACUAAAAAUCUUAAUUUAUUGGCCGAAAAAUAAAUAAUUAAAAAAAAAACUGGACAAUUCGUCAAUAAGAUCUUAACGGAAAAUCAAAAUUAAUUAUAAAUUCUUGU